AUGCCGGUACGCAAGGGGCUGCUCGCGCCCCAGAACACAUUUCUUGAUACCAUCGCAACACGCUUCGAUGGUACACACAGCAACUUCGUGCUCGGCAAUGCGCAGGUACCAUCUUACCCCAUCGUGUACUGUUCAGAUGGGUUUUGUGAGCUGACAGGGUGGACGAGAGCGCACAUCAUGCAGAAGGGCUGUGCCUGUAAAUUUCUCCACGGACCGGACACGCGCGAAGAACACCGCCAUGAAAUUGACACCGCUCUCGAUUCAAAGCAUGAACUUAAACUCGAACUCAUAUUUUACAAAAAGAACGGUACACCGUUUUGGUGCUUGCUCGAUAUCGUUCCAAUUAAAAAUGAAAAAAGAGAGGUCGUUUUAUUCCUCGCCUCAUUCAAGAAUAUCACCAACACCAAGAUGGCCGCCAUGAACACUAAUGAGGAGUUCGACAGCGGAGCCGCAGUGCAGCCUUCGGCUGGCGUCGUCACUCUAGCGUUAUCCCCAUUUGUACCCGCAGCGGCACUUUUGGGCGCCCGGUUCCGAGCUGAAUCUAGUUGCCUACUUCCAGACCCGAAUGGCAAUCUUGACCCCGAAGCGCCCUCGCCCGCGAACAUGGGCAGACGGCGCUCCAGGGCUGUACUUUACCAGCUUUCAGGACAUUAUAAGCCAGAUAAAAUGAAGAGUAAACUUAAACUUAACAAUAACCUCUUACAUUCAUCCGAUCCUCCGCUGCCUGAAUACAAAACGUCAGCCAUAAAAAAGUCAAGAUUUAUUAUCUCACAUUAUGGUAUCUUUAAAACCUUCUGGGACUGGCUCAUCCUCAUAGCCACAUUUUAUGUUGCUGUUGUGGUACCUUAUAACGCAAGUUUUGUUGAUGAAGGUCAUCCAAGAAUUAGUGUGACAAGUGAUGUCGUUGUAGAAGCGCUCUUUAUCAUAGAUAUUGUACUUAAUUUUCGAACUACAUUUGUAAGCAAAAAAGGAGAAGUAGUAUCAGAUUCGAAGGCAAUAGCUCUGAAUUAUAUUCGAUCCUGGUUUGUUGUGGACCUACUGGCCGCGCUUCCGUUUGACCUACUUUACGCUUCGGAUGUGUACAGCGGGACGGAAUCAACGCACGGAAACGUUCAUCUCGUCAAACUAACUCGGUUAUUACGCCUUGCUCGCCUGCUACAAAAGAUGGACCGAUAUUCACAAUACUCCGCCCUUAUUCUGACUCUUUCAAUGUUAUCUUUCACUCUAGUGGCACAUUGGCUUGCUUGUAUAUGGUUUAUUAUAGCGGAAAAGGAAAUAGAACAUCAUAAGAAUGAGAACUGGGAUUUAGGAUGGAUCAACAAUCUAGCAGAGCGUCUUAAAGUGCCGAUCAUGAAUAUUUCUCACAGCGAGAGCUAUGUCACGGCGCUCUACUUCACGUGCUCUUCUCUUACAAGUGUGGGCUUUGGAAACGUAUCCGCUAAUACUUUGCCCGAGAAGAUCUUCAGUAUACUCACAAUGCUUGUUGGAGCUCUCAUGCACGCCGUGGUUUUUGGUAACGUAACGGCCAUUAUACAGCGGAUGUACUCGCGUCGAUCGAUGUAUCAAAGCAAGUGGCGUGAUCUUAAAGACUUCCUCACAAUCACCCAAGUACCAAAGGAACUUAAACAGCGCAUGCAAGACUACUUCCAAACAAUGUGGUCGCUCAACCAUGGCAUCGAUAUACAUGAGACUCUCAAAGAAUUCCCGGAGGAACUGCGAGGGGACGUUUCCUUACACUUACACCGAGAGAUAUUAUCACUUCCGAUAUUCGAAUCAGCAUCGCAGGGCUGCCUCAAGCUUCUUUCGCUGCACAUUCGUAACAAUUUUUGCGCCCCUGGGGAAUACCUUGUCCACAAAGGAGAUGCUCUCACUUAUAUUUAUUAUAUUUGCAAUGGCUCUAUGGAAGUUAUGCAAAAUGAUAUGGUUGUGGCUAUUCUAGGUAAGGGUGAUUUAGUUGGGUGUGAUAUGAACACCCAUUUGCAAGCUUACAAUGGAACAGGCACCACCCAACCCACUAAUCCCGACGUCGUAGUUAAAUCGAGCAGUGACGUAAAGGCUUUAACUUACUGUGACUUAAAAUGUAUAAAUAUGGGGGGACUUGCGGAAGUGUUACGACUUUAUCCAGAAUACCAACAAGAAUUCAUCCACGAUAUACAGCACGAUCUCACUUAUAACUUACGAGAGGGUUAUGAAGCCGAACAGGAAUUGGAUGGAAAUGGACAUCCAUCAUUGACCUUACCUUCUAUUUCUGAAGAUGACGAGAACGCUGCUGAGGAACACGCAUUGUCACCAAAAAAGACAAUAUCGGGUACCAACAGUCCCCGUCAUGCUAAAUUCAGAUCAGACGGUCAACAGCGCCUCUCACACAGAGAAUUACGAGAGAGGAUUGAAAGACAGCGUUCUGUAGCAACGCCUAAGAUUACACGAGUCGAUUCUUUGGAAGGUUUAAAUUUAGAACGGAAUAACACACGUUCGUCGGUUGAUAGACUCGACACGCAAGUAUCCAGUUUACACCAUGACGUCGCUGCGCUCAGUAUGGAGGUCCGAAACGCAAUUCAAGCUUUACAAGAAAUGGCAGGGCCAGUAUGGCAUGCGGCUCAUUCGAAUCCUAAUCUACAGUGGAACGCUCCGCCAAAUCAAUUAGCCCGUAGUUGCAGUCAUCCGCCCGACGUCUUCUACUGGGAUCAGCAAGAGCGGCCGCUCAGUCCUGAAAGAUUAAAAAUACAUCGAAGCACACAGACUGAACCAUUUCUACAUAGUGUAACUCAAUACAUAAUGGAACAUCCAGCGACAGUUAUGCUUCUCCUUGGCUUGGACCCGAUGGCGAAUUUGACGCCAGUUAUACCACCAACGAUGGAAUACUACGACCCGAGGAGUCGACGACCGAGUGGUCUAGAGCAGAUAAUGGAAUCGGAAAAUGGAAGCCAAACUCCGUCCAGCACGGGCAGUGAUAAAGCUGAAUCAAUUCGGAGUCCCAGUGGAAGUAUAAAGGAACUAGACUUACAACCAGAAGUAAAAAGAUUAAUAGACAAGGACAAAUGUCCAACUUUAAAGAGAAACAGGUACUCUACAAGUGAUCUAAGUGAAGUGACCGAACGAUUGCUACCAUCAAAAAAUUCUCAUCCGAGUACGUACAGUCUCAAAAAUAAUUUAAACACUAAGUGAUUUGAAUUCCAACCUGCUCAUUAGUCGAUGUUCUCGAGUGGACUCUGUGUUUAGUAAAGUUUAUUUU